AUGGGAAACUUGAUAAGCCAUAUCUCUGGUCAGAAAUCUGUUUGUCAUGAGUCCCGGGGUACCUUGUCGACAACCACCCCCUCUUGGACGGACAUCACUUUAGCAAAAGCACCCCUGAAGCGUAAAUUUAAUUUUGAUGAUGACUCGGCAUCCCCACGAAAGCGAUGCAUCCUGGAAUCUUAUUCCACUGGCGACAUAAGCCAGGUUGUCGCUACGCCCAAGAUAAAUCAUCGCAACACUGACUUUACAAGCCCCUCGGCCAAGCGCUUGUACAGGGAGGUGUCCGAUACUUUCUUGAAGCGCAAGGCAGAUGUUAUACUAGAUCCCUUUUCAAUCAAACACGUCAAACUUUAUGAGCCUUGUAGCACCCUGGCAUUCAUAUGGUCUUUACCUGCUGAAAUCCUCAUUGCUAUCGUCGCUCUUCUGGGAAUGCAGAAUCUACGCUAUGUUACUCAAGUUUGUUCUCUGUUCAGAGAAAUCGCUGGACCCCUCUUCUUCACCAACCGGAGCUUCCCAACAUCACUGCAAGAUAUGUUUCACAUUCGUGUAGACUCCUACAAUUUUGACGUUUUGCUUACUUGGAUACGUAUGGAUACCUUUCGUCCUCCGCAUAUGAUGUUAUGUUGGUUAGAUCCUGAGGUGCGGUCCAUGCAGCUCUCUGCAUUUUCGCACUUUCUCCAAUCUGUCCCCCACAAAUCCAUACGAUAUAUCACACUUUUCUGGAAUUUCAACAUUCUUGCUUGCUCAGUUCUCCCUCAAAUUGUUACAGUCUUCGAGACCAUCCGUGCCUCCGGCUGUGAAGAUCUGACGUGUAUGGGAUUUUACGGCCGCAUUGGCUCAUUGUCCAUCACUGGACUCACCCAAAUACAGGGGCAUGCGAGCAGGAACCACCUCAAAACCUUUGAUGCAUCAUCACAGGCGUUAUUUUCCCCAAAACUCCUCCCUUUCACAAUCCAGACAAUCCACUGUUCCCGUUUGGAAAUGCUCCGACUUAGUUCCAUCAAGCUCAGUUCUUCACACUGGGACAAACUGCUGUGGCAUUUAGCCAUCCCAACGCUCGUCGAACUUCGAGUUGAUGCUGAUUGCGCCCCAUCCACGCUCAUUCGCUUUCUGGCCUGUCACCCUGGCGUUAACAUACUUAGUGUCAUUCCGCGACCCGGCUGUGCCUGGAGGACGCACCGUGUCAAUGCUCCUUUGGCAUAA